AUGCAGGACGCCGACGGGGGCAGCCCUUCGGCCGAGGCCCGGGGCAAACGGAAGGCCGUCGGGGCUCCGGAGCCGCCGCCGCACAGGGGCAAGAAGAAGCGCUACAGCCGGCACGCCAAGCCGCCCUACAGCUACCUGGCCAUGAUCGCCCUGGUCAUCCAGACCUCCCCCAGGAAGAGGCUUAAGCUCGCCCAGAUCACCAGGGAAAUCAGGACUUUCUUCCCGUUCUUCAAGGACUCCUACCAGGGCUGGAAGGAUUCCAUCCGCCACAACCUCUCGGCCAAUGACUGCUUUACCAUGGUGCUGAAGGACCCCACCAAGCCCAAGGGGAAGGGCAAUUACUGGGCCGUAGACGUGGAGCGCAUCCCCCCCGAGGCUCUCAAGCUGCAGAACACGGCAGUCUCUCGCCAAGGGGAGGUCGCCUUUGUCCCAGACCUCAGCCCCUUCGUGUUGCACGGCCUCCCCUACUUGUCUCCUGGCAGUGCUCCUCCCCCCCGGUCGCCCUCCACGCCUCAAGCCCUCCCUGGCACAGAGGAGCCCCCCAAGCUGCACAAGGAGACUGCCUUCACCAUCAAGUCCCUGCUGAAGCCGCAGAGCGAAGAUCCUGGGGCCGGGCCUGAACAUCCUUCCAUCAGCUGCCUCCGUCCCCUUGGUGAGGGCAGCCAGCGGGGCCCUUGCCCGCCCCCCAGCCCUCCUCAGCUCACCCCCACCUGCUGCAAAGACUGUUUCCAGCCACCCCCUCGGUAUAGCCAUGGCACUUCUCCCCCAGCAGGGGCCCUCCUGCCCCUGCCCACCCUCGUGACCCUCCCGGCUUCCCUUCACCUGCCAUGCUGCACUUUGGGCCCUGCUCCCUGCACGGGUUCUGCCUACUGGAACCUGGUAGCUGCCCCCUGCCCCCACCACCCGCACCUGGGGCACGCUGCCGGCCCAGGACAAAUGCCACAAGCUGGCGGGGCACCGGAUGCUCCCUGGCUCACCCCUCUGCCUUGGUUUAUUCCCUUUCAGGCCCUUCCCCACCAGCACUGCCCUUUCUGA